AUGCAUGUAGCCGUGGGAUUAAUUGGUGGGCUCCCCGUUCCACCUUUUGAAACAACAAUAUUCAUUGUUGUUAUAUAUCCUUUAAUUUCCCGUUUUUUUCUACUCAUAAUUCAACUUAGAACAGCGAGAAGAGCAUCUGGGUUAUCUUCAGUCUGGUUCGAAUAUAGAACCUGCUGCUCUUCAUCUGGCAAUGAAUUGCUGAAAGCUGUGCCCUCAAAUAACCACUCAAUUACCAAUUACACUUUGCAUCAACAGAACUGGGAAAGUUUCUCAUUUCCAGAUCAGCAGUCUAGGAUUGAGCACGCAUCUCGCAUGGAACAUCAGGUUAAUCAAAGGAAUGAUUUUACCAGAAUUCAGGAUUGGGAUCCAAGAGCCAUGCUAAAAAAUAUGUCUUUUCUUGAACAAAAGAUUCAUCAACUCCAGGAGCUGGUGCGUAUAAUUGUUGACCACAGAAGUCUAGUUGGGAUUCAGGGAAAUGACCUUUCAAUUCAGCAACAACAGCUAAUAACUGCUGAUCUUACCUCUAUUAUUGUUCAAUUAAUAUCAACUGCAGGGAGUCUUCUUCCAACCGUGAAGCAUCAUACACUUUCCUCCGCGGACCCAACCACUAAGCAACCUGCACAGUCUGGUGGUGUUUCGGUUCCUUCUGGAAAAGUUAUUAAUGCCGGUUCACUACCACACAGUGUUAAUGUAACUAAGGCGGAAGAUCAGCCCAACCACGUUGAUCUAAUGGGCGAUUGUGGGAUUGAACAAAAUUAUGCUGCUGAUGAACAUGAGGCAAAAGAUGAAGAUGAAUUCCAUGACGAAGAGAACCUUCCUCCUGGUUCCUACGAGAUUCUGCAGCUGGAGAAAGAGGAAAUUCUUGCACCUCACACUCACUUUUGCACAAUUUGUGGGAAGGGAUUUAAGAGAGAUGCUAAUUUGCGGAUGCACAUGAGGGGUCAUGGGGAUGAGUACAAAACUCCAGCUGCUCUUGCAAAGCCUCACAAGGAUCCCAGCUCUGGGACGACGACUCUUAUUAAAAGGUAUUCCUGUCCUUGUGUUGGUUGCAAGCGCAACAAGGAGCAUAAAAGGUUUCAGCCGUUAAAAACUAUCCUAUGUGUGAAAAACCAUUACAGAAGAACCCACUGUGAGAAAAGCUAUGCUUGUAGUAGGUGCAAUCUGAAGAAAUUUUCAGUUAUUGCAGAUCUUAGAACACAUGAGAAGCAUUGUGGUAAAGAUAAAUGGCUUUGUUCUUGUGGAACAACCUUUUCCAGGAAAGAUAAGCUUUUUGGACACGUUUCCCUUUUCCAAGGACAUACACCUGCAAUUCCUCUAGAUGAAACCAAAGGUUUUGCUGAGACAUCUGAUCAAGGCCACACCGGUAAAGCAACGACAGAGGCUGGAGAGAUCAGUUUUGAGUUAUAUGUUCAGAAUGGUAGUGGGCUUCAAAAUACUAAAAAUGGCGAACUCCAAGAGUUUCCCCAGCCACCAUUUGAGGACCCAGAAAACUCAUUCUCUUAUCUGCUGUCAGGUUCAUGUAAUUACCCUCAGAGGGCUGGGAAAAUAUAGGUUCUACUGAACUGGAAUAGAUCAAAGUGAAUUUGUCAUUGAUUUGAUAUGGUGGUCUGGUUUCUUGUUAUGUCAGUUCCUUUUGGGAAUAAGUGAAGUCUUUUCUUAGUA